GGACUGUUCAAAAGAAGACCAACAAUUCCGGAUUAUCCAACGUCGGAGCCCUAUUUCGGCCCACUAGCAGACACAUCACGACGUGAAGACAUCGAGUCUCAACCUCUUAGAACAGUGGUCACGGUUUACCACAGUGGACGAUCUGACGUUCCUCUUGAGAAAGCUGCCGUGAUUACUGAAGAAGUACCACCAGUGAAGGAUGUCUAUUACGAAUAUCCUACUACGGCAGUAUAUGAGGGACCACUUGACAGCACGCCGCGAACCGAUGACAUCUACGGUGAACCGCUCACGCAAUACGUCAGUGUGUACCACAGUGGACGUUCCGAUGAACCAGUACCGAAACCCGAAGAAGAACACAUCGACAUUGCAGAUGCAGCGAAAGCAUUCGGAGAGAAGGUGACGGGACUGUUCAGAAGAGGCCCUGCGCAUCUUGACUAUCCUGUCUCAGAGAGAUAUGAAGGACCUCUUGACAGCACUCCGCGAACCGAUGACAUCUAUGGUGAACCGCUGACACACCACGUCACUGUGUAUCACAGUGGACGAUCUGACGAGCCAGUACCGAAACCCGAAGAAGAACACGUUGACAUCGCUGAUGCAGCGAAAGCAUUCGGUGAAAAGAUCACUGGACUGUUCAAAAGAAGACCAACAAUUCCGGAUUAUCCAACAAGAGGCCCUGCGCAUCUUGACUACCCUGUCUCAGAUAGAUAUGACGGACCACUUGACAGCACGCCGCGUUCCCAUGACAUCCGUGGUGAACCGCUGACCCACCACGUCAGUGUGUACCACAUUAGACACGAUGAGAGACGGAUAUCGAAACCGGAAGAGGAACCUGUUGUCAUUGCACAGGAAGCAAAACCAGUGAGAGAGAAGGACACGGGACGUUUCAGAGGAGGUACUGCGCUUUUUGACUAUCCUACCUCAGAAAAAUAUGAAGGGCCAUUGGAUUCCGUUCAACGUAUUGAUGACAUUUACUCGACACCGCUCACCCAUUAUGUAUCUGUUUAUCACACCGGACGCUCUGAUCGGCAUUUGCGGGAGCGUGAAGAGGCGAACGGUGAUCUUCCGAAGAGUUUACGGCUAGCUGAAACUGCAGUAACAUCCAAGGGAGACCUUAAACAUUUUGACUACACUGUGACGGAGCGAUAUGGAAAGCCCUCAGAAAAAGGGUAUCGUAUCUCUGGCAUGAAUGGUGAUGCUGUCAAGCCUUACGAAAGUGCUUCUCGCUCACGAGAUCAGAUCAGCAAUGAACUGUUAUCUCCUGAAACCAAGCCUCUGAUUGGAGAUAUAGAAACACGCGAUGUGAAAACGGAUAUUGCCGCACAAGAAGAAGUGCGCAAUAAAAUUGAUCUCGAUGUCUUCUUUAAUGUGAAAUCUCGUGAAGACGUCCGUAAGGAGCCUGUAGAAGAAGACCUUGUUUUUUUGAGUGCCGACAAGUUGGAGCGAGAUCAGCAACCUGUCGGUUUUUCCGUAUCAAUAAGUGCGCGACAGCCUGUUGACCGUACAAGUUCUGAGCUGUUCUCUUCUCCUUCAAGAGAAUCGUCAUCAGACACACGGUACCUGCGUGAACACUCCCUGAGGAGCGAACGUGGUCGACGACAUCGACUUUCUCCCCACACUUGGACGACCGUCCGAGAACGCACGGAGGUAACCUAUGUGAGAAAAGUGCGCGUUGAAAGAUCUCUAAGCCCUCAGACUCCAGCUCGUUCGCAUUUCAUCAAGAGAAUACCUUACAAGCCGAGCCCCGAAACUCGUGAAAAUGUAUAUUCAUGCAGACCAUCGAAUUUCGAUGAGCGCGUUAUGGUUCAUCAUCCAAUUUAUCCUCCCAACGAAUCGCUCUAUCGUAAUGGAACUUACAAUGGCGAUAUGCGCAACGGUCGAACCUAUAGUCCAGUUCGCGAAGUGGCUGCCUUCGACAGAACAGAAUGGAUUGAUCAACAUCCUAGCUACAUUCCUCCAAAUCGCCGAGCUGACGAAAUUUUCACGGUUGGCACGCCAUUCAUUAUGGGUCAUGUGGAACACGAUGGCAACGGUUGCGCUUAUUUACGCUAUCAAAGCAGCGGCUUGCAAGAGCGCACUCCUCUGCCGGAACGCAUCGACGAUCUCCCAAUGAUUGAAGAGGGAGCAAUCGAAUGUCGCCGUGCUACCGUACGGGCUGGUCUACGCGACAUGGACACAGUCGGCCUUGUUCAGGAUGAGGAAGAACUUGAACGACGACGUCGACCAAUUCGACGGGCCAGACAGCGCAUGCGCAGCUAUUGCACAAUGCUGUAG